UGCUCGCAGUGUGGGAAGAGCUUCAAGUGCAGAUCCUAUCUGGUUGAGCACGUCAGAAUCCACACAGGAGAGAGGCCCUACGAGUGCGACAAAUGCAAGAAGAGGUUCCAGACCAGCUCCGCUCUCCUCGUGCACCGGCGCACUCACACCGGGGAGAAGCCCUUCCUCUGCCCCGACUGCGGGAAGGGGUUCAGUCAGAAGUCCAACCUCAUCACCCACCGGCGCAUCCACACCGGCGAGAAGCCCUACGAGUGCGGGCAGUGCGGGAAGAGCUUCAGGACCAACUGCCAGCUGGUUGCCCACCAGCGGAUGCACACGGACGAGCGGCCCUACGAGUGCGGGCAGUGCGGCAAGAGCUUCAGGACAAACGGCCAGCUGGUUCUCCACCGGUGGAUCCACACGGGAGAGCGGCCCUACAAGUGCGGGCAGUGCGGGAUGAGCUUCGCCCUGCGCUCCCGGCUGAUUUUACACCAGAGGAGCCACCCGGGGCAUUGGUGGGGGUCCGAGGGGGAGAGACCCUCGUCCCCAUCCCCUGUCCCCGCUCCCCGUCUCCUCUCACCGGACGCCGCCGCCAUCGCUCCGCUCCACCCCGGCCCUCACGUGACGGGGAAAACACCGCGCUGCCGCCGCCCACCAAUCGCAGCCCGCGCUCGCUGCCUGAUUUGCAUAGCCACGCCCGCUGGGCUGGCCCCGCCCCAGUACUGGUUCGCUCCCAGUUCGCUCCCAGCGCUCCCAGUAAGAGCGGCCCCUGCGGGGAGAGCGCUCCCAGUAAGAGCGGCCCCGGCGGGGAGAGCGCUCCCAGCGCCCGCCCGCUGCUGCCGGCAUCGCUGCCGGGGCCGCUCGGGAACCCGCCCGGGGCAGAGCGCGGCUGCUUUUGGGGGUCGGCACCGCCCGGACCGGGCUGGGAGCGGCGGCAGCGAGAGGGGGACUCGGGAGGAGGAGGAGGAGAGGAAGGGGAAAGGGAGGGACGAAGGAAGAGAAACAGGAGCAGGGGAAGAGGAAGAGGAGGGCCAGAGGAAGAGGAGGAGCAGCCCCGAGCCCACGCGGUUGCCUCGCUGCGGCCGCGGCUCGCCCGCAUCCGCCGGCAUCGCCCCCCCGGCAGCCGCAGAGCAGGAGCCGAGCAUGGAGAGCAGGGAGGACAAAUCCCCGCGGCAGAACCCGGCGGCAGAGGCCGUGGGGAGCGGCUGCACGGCGCGGGAAGGCGGCGGGGAGGAAAAGCCCCGGAGAUGCCUCAGCAGGAGGGGCUGCAAAGGCAGAGCGCGGGGAGGCGAGGGGGAAAGAGCCGGGCCGGGCCGGGGAGGCGGCCGGAGCUCGGAGCUGGGGGUCCCUGAGCAGCCCCAGGAUGGGGAGAAGCCCCACACGUGCUCGCAGUGUGGGAAGAGCUUCAAGUGCAGAUCCUAUCUGGUUGAGCACGUCAGAAUCCACACAGGAGAGAGGCCCUACGAGUGCGACAAAUGCAAGAAGAGGUUCCAGACCAGCUCCGCUCUCCUCGUGCACCGGCGCACUCACACCGGGGAGAAGCCCUUCCUCUGCCCCGACUGCGGGAAGGGGUUCAGUCAGAAGUCCAACCUCAUCACCCACCGGCGCAUCCACACCGGGGAGAAGCCCUACGAGUGCGGGCAGUGCGGGAAGAGCUUCAGGACCAACUGCCAGCUGGUUGCCCACCAGCGGAUGCACACGGACGAGCGGCCCUACGAGUGCGGGCAGUGCGGCAAGAGCUUCAGGACAAACGGCCAGCUGGUUCUCCACCGGUGGAUCCACACGGGAGAGCGGCCCUACAAGUGCGGGCAGUGCGGGAUGAGCUUCGCCCUGCGCUCCCGGCUGAUUUUACACCAGAGGAGCCACCCGGGGCAUUGGUGGGGGUCCGAGGGGGAGAGACCCUCGCUGGGCCCCCCCCACCCCAAGAGGAGGGGGUGA